AUGCGGCGAGCUGCGAUUCUUUUGACUUUCGUCACAUUCUCGACUUGCCAACUCGACUGCGACAUUCUCGAUCCGGCGUGUAGAGCGAGAUAUCGAAGCGGUGUUCGGCAAACGGACGCCAGACGGCGAUUAAACCACAAGUGCAAUUAUCAGGACGUUUGGUUGGUGCCCGGAAGAGCGGAUGCAACGCGACCCGGCGCAAAACGAAUUCUCGACAUCAAUCCGAGCCAAGUUCACAUCAAACCCGAAGUCGUCCGAUUUCCGGGUUGUUUCACAUUGGAAAUCAAAAAUGUCAAGGUGAAAAAUUUUCCGGAGGCGAUCGAUAACAGCUUUUUCGCAAAAGCUGAGUACCAGUGGUGGAAUGUCAAAGAUUUUUCGAAUAUGAAGUGUCAAAAUGCGAGCAAUAAUGGCUGCGGUGGAUAUGGAAAUAAUUGUUAUUUUUGCGACGUUUGCGAAUCACUAACCGAUUUGGAGCAUAGAAAUGGCGCGCCGAACACGUUGGCAUCGCAAUUGCGCGGGCUCAACUGCCCACAGAAACCCGGAUUUUAUACGUUUAGAAAGGAGUUUUGCUUCAACGAUUGGGAAGCCUUCGAUGCUGAUGGCGAUUGUGAAAUGGAUUUCCUGCAAGGCGACCGCGAAGACUACAAAGGGGCGUUGUCAAGUCUCCAGCAAGUUGGAUACGGAUCGGUGAUUGCAAAAAUUCGUCUAGCAUUCAAUGCAACUGGAGCGGUUUUGAGAAAGCGACAAUUAAAAGAAAUGCAAAUCGAGGAUACUGUGGCAAAAGAACUCGAGGAACGCCGAAGAACGUGGGACGUGAAUAAUGGGCAAUUUGACAAAUUCAGUCAAUGGUACAUCGAAUAUCGAAAAAAUUUAUGGCACAAAGAUGACUAUUUGCCAUGGCUGCUUUAUGAAAACGAAAUCUCGUGCCUCAAACUGACGUUCGACGUUUGCGAGCGGCCUCCGCGUCGCAUCAACUACGGCAGUCGGAAUCGGUACACCUGCGAAAAUUAA